GGAUAUAGAUGACCAAGUUAUGAACCUUUGCCAUCAUUGGACUUGGAAAACUCCGAGUUGGUAUCUUUCACAAGUCAUUUUGUGUCUAUCAAAAAUUAUAGUCAAAACUCAUAAAUAUUGGUAGUAGCCAAUAAGCCAAGCGGGUGUUCUCUUCAUAUAAGUUGACCAUAUUAUUGAUACAAAUUCUCAAAGUUCCUUGAUAAUUCAUAUGUAUUAUAAGGUGGUUAACUAUAUUAAUUAUUAAUAUAUUCGGUAGCAUACACAUCAAGCAUGUUCUUAUAAGGGUAUGAUCUCCAGAAGUAGAAUCCCCUGUUAAACGGCAGAACUUGCCCUUUCAAGCCAGACUCGGGCAACAUGAUUCUCUAUGCAAGCAAAUAUUAAAUAUAAGUCAACGCAUAUACAUCUAUAUAUAAUUCAGUUCACUGAAGCUUAAAACUCAAGUUGGUGCCACGCAUACAGUAAUAAUGUUAUCUUAUAAAAUUCAAUAUACUAUAAUAAUAUGGUUAUUAAAUUGCAGUAAGAAAACACUAUCAAUAAAAUAAUAGUAUGAAUCUUUAAUAGCUAAGCACCAGCUUCAAGAAAAGGCUUUUCACAUUAUAUAAGUUCUUGAACAGGUCGUCUAAUCAAAGCUUAACAUAAAGAAAAUAUUUUCUUCUUCCAAGUAAAUUUGUGUGCGACUUUGGUGAGGAUAUGGGUCAUUGCUUCUCGUUGCCUUCUUCUUCAUCAGAGAUUCAUGAGGAAAAUGAACACGGUGAUGGAAAUGCGGUGGUGUGUUAUGGAGAUGAGUUCGGUUUAGAUCACUACCGUCCGGUUCAUCGACCCGGUUCUGUCUGCUCUAUACAAGGAACCAAAGCGAUUAACCAAGAUAAUGCUAUUCUUUAUCUGGGAUAUGGAACGGAGGAAGCAGAGCUAUGUGGAGUGUUUGAUGGACACGGGAAAAAUGGGCACAUGGUGAGUAAAAUGGCGAGGAAUAGAUUACCAUCACUUCUGUUAACACUAAAGAAGGAGCUGGACGAAGAACCUCAUGCUUGUCAAGAAGAUGAAGCUCUCAAGUGGGAGAAAGCUUGUUUUAAUGCAUUCAGACUCAUUGACAGAGAGCUCAUGCUCCAAGUCUUUAAUUGCUCUUUCAGUGGCUCUACAGCUGUUGUUGCUAUUACUCAGGGAGAUGACCUCAUGAUAGCUAACCUUGGUGAUUCAAGGGCAGUGUUGGGGACAAUGACUGAAGAUGGUGAGAUCUGCGCAGUUCAGUUAACAUCUGACCUAACACCUGAUGUCCCAAGUGAAGCAGAGAGGAUUAGGGCGUGCAGAGGUCGCGUUCACGCAAUGAAAGCAGAACCGUCCAGCCAAAGGGUGUGGCUGCCCAACCAAGACAUACCAGGAUUAGCCAUGUCAAGAGCUUUUGGAGAUUUCAGACUCAAAGACUACGGUGUUAUUGCGGUUCCAGAGGUCUCUCACCACCGAAUAACUUCUAAAGACCGAUUCCUUGUACUCGCUUCAGAUGGGGUCUGGGAUAUGCUUACCAAUGAUGAAGUUGUAUCACUAAUAUGGAAUUCCGGGAAAACCCAAGAUAUGGCCGCUAAACUUGUUGCAGAGGUGGCCGAAGCUACUUGGAAGAAGAAGCUUAAAUCUAAGAAGAUUGAUGAUAUUACAGUAAUAUGUCUUUUCUUACAGAACAAGGAACAACCAAGUUGCACUGCGGACGUGUGAAUCAUAAGAUACUACAGUAUGAUGGAUUGAUGGUCGAGGUACAUUCAUCGCACAUGCUGCCAAGCGCAAACCAAAGAAAAGUCCAAUAUAAACUCAUGAUGUAAAUGUUACUUAAAAUGGAAACUAUUUGUGGCCGGUUCAAAUAUUUGGAAGGCCUAAAGCAGAUAAGAUUUAAAUGUGUUAUUUUACUCUUUUUUUUUUAUAAAUGAGAAAAGUAUUCUAAUUCA